AUGUAUAAUGAAACUGAAGCGUCAUCAACUAAAUUCGAGUUUUUAACUUCAGAAGAAGUAGGAUUUGUCCUUAGAAAAGCUAUUACAGAAUGCUCUGAAAGAGGGUUAUAUUUUGCUGCAAAAUGGGCUGCUGAAACAUUGGAUGGGCUUUCGUCUUCUUUAAAAGAAUCAUUGGAUUCAGCGAAGAUGGACAUGUCAUAUUGUUCAUUUUUUACUCAACAAGAUGUAUCAGCUAAUAUUGAUUAUGUUGAACUUGAUAAAUAUCUUCUCGGUAAAUCUUAUUUCGAUGUUAAAGAAUUUGAUAGGGCUGCUUUUGUGUUGGAAAAAUGCACAUCUUCAAGGUGUAGAUUUUUAAAAGGUUAUUCUAAAUAUCUGGCUGGCGAGAAAAGAAAGGAGGAAGAGAGUCAAGACAUUAUGGGUCCAUUAGAUGAUUCAAAAUGUUUAAAUAAAGAAAUACAAAAUUUAUGGGAAGAAAUGGAGACAUGGCGUGAGGAGGGUGAAAUGGAUGGCUUUCUCGUCUACCUAUAUGGUCUUAUUCUCAAACAGAAAAAUCCACAAGCGAAGAAUAUUAAAGAUAUCUUCUUAGACUCUAUACUCAAAUAUCAUUACAAUUGGAGCGCUUGGUUAGAAUUGGCUAACUGCAUAACUAAUAAAGAUAUGAUGGAAGAUAUACUGGUGUUGCUUCCAGAUACUUUCAUGUUAAGAUUUUUUAAAAUUUAUUUAUCUGUAGAAUUAUUGGAAUCUCCUAAAUGCUUUGAAUUAAUUGGUGAAGGGUAUCGUAUUUUUUACGAUGAUUUUAUCUCAUUAAUCGAAGCACCUUACUUAUAUACAAAUUGUGGUUUACCUAUUUCAGAUUAUUUGGCAGCAGAGUCUGUAUUUGAAGAAAUAAUCAAAUCAGAUCCAUAUAGAUUAGAUGACAUUGACCUUUAUUCGAAUGUUCUAUAUGUGUUAGACGGAAAGAGCGCAAAAUUGAGUUUUCUUGCACAUAUGAGUUGUCAUACAGAUAAAUUUCGUUCUGAAACUAUGUGUAUCGUAGGAAAUUACUAUAGCUCGAAAGGUGAACAUGAAAAGGCAAUAUCAUAUUUUCGACGAGCAUUACAAGUUGAUAGGAAUUGUUUGGCCGCCUGGACAUUGAUGGGACAUGAAUAUGUUGAGCUGAAAAACACUCAUGCGGCUGUCGUUUCAUAUAAACGAGCAGUGGAAAUCAAUCCCAAAGAUUAUCGAGCAUGGUGCGGUCUUGGACAAACUUAUGAAAUGUUGAAAAUGCCUUGCUAUGCGAUCUAUUAUUAUCAACGAUCUUCAGCUUUGAGGCCGUAUGAUGCUAGAAUGUGGUUACGUUUGGGAGCCCUUUAUGAGCAGCUUUCAGUUUUACAUGAGUCUAUAAAGGCUUAUAAAAGGGCACUGCAAUGUACCGAUAUCGAUUCUAAUUCGAAACUUCAAGCCACAUUAAAGCUGGACUCUUUGUAUGAAAGCUCUGAUAAAGACAAGGCUACAGAGCAUUAUAGUGAAUAA